CCAAUCAGAUGGAGUCUCAGUUCAGACUCCGCCCAGCUCAGAAGGAAGCGCCUGUUGUUUCACUUGGCCUGAUGCUGCUGCUGUCAUACAGAUCAUCUCCGCUUUACAUACGAGCUGAGUUUGUCUUCAUACACCGAAUUGUUCAAUUAGGAGGUGUAUAUUUGGAACAACACACGGCAGCAGGAUGGUGAAUGAGGGUGCUGGAGGCCCUCGCAGUCGCAAGAGCUCUCAUAAGGUGGCUUCGUCAUCAGACAAGGAUGGACCUGAAAGAGACGCAGAAGAGUUUCCUCUCUCUAGCAAUGGAAAAGUGGAGGUGGAGCAGAUUAUUAGUGCAAAACUCCAGCUGAAGAAGAAAGCUGAGCAUUUGAAAGCAGACCUGAUGAGGCAGUUUGACGCUCAAGUGAAUGAGUUCAUGGACAGCCUGAUAGAGGAGUCUGCCAGUCUGGGCUCUUCGCAUGUCAGCACAGUCUUUCCUCUGUCAGAUAAGGAGAAAAGCAAACUCAGGAAUGCACAACCUUCCCAAGGCCAGAGCAAGCAGUUUGUGAUUCGCCGUUCACUGUUAGAUGAUCUGUUUGAGGUGAACCACAUCCGCACUAUCUAUCACAUGUUCAUCGCUCUGCUCAUUCUGUUCAUCUUCAGCACGCUCGUCGUGGACUUCAUCGAUGAGGGCAGACUGGUGCUGGAGUUUGACCUGUUGGUGUAUGCGUUUGGCCAGUUCCCUCUAGUGGUUGUGACGUGGAUGUGUAUGUUCCUGUCCACACUUGUCGUUCCAUAUGUUCUGCUGGUUGUCUGGGCCGGUAUUUACUCCUCUUCACAGCAUCGGUUGUUAUGGACAGUGCUGGCUGGUUCUAUCCUGCUCAUCUACCAGGGGCUGGGUUUGGGUUUCCUUCCCACAUAUGUGGUGCUGAAGAACGGCCUUCCCCCUGCUUCAUGCUUCAUACUGAUUCUAGAACAGGUGCGACUGAUGAUGAAGUCUCACUCUUUCAUCAGGGAAAAUGUGCCAAGAGUCCGAUCCUUAGAUCGAAAUAAAUCAAAUUUAGUAGCUGUUCCUCAGUUCACCCAGUACAUCUACUUUCUUUUUGCACCCACACUAAUAUACAAGGACAAUUAUCCACGAAAUCCCUGUAUUCGGUGGGGUUACGUGGCUACAAAGUUUUCUCAGGUGCUGGGCAGUUUAUUUUAUGCAUAUUACAUAUUUGUGCGGCUGUGUAUCCCUCAGUUUCGCAAUAUCAGCAUGCAGCUCUUCGACCCGAGGGCCAUGGUGCUGUGCGUCUUCAACUCCAUACUGCCAGGAGUGCUUGUGCUUUUCCUGGCAUUCUUUGCUUUUCUGCAUUGCUGGCUUAAUGCAUUUGCUGAAAUGCUACGAUUUGGAGACCGAAUGUUUUAUAAGGACUGGUGGAACUCCACUUCAUAUGCAAACUAUUAUCGCACAUGGAAUGUUGUAGUUCAUGACUGGCUUUAUUACUAUGUCUACAGGGACUUCCUGUGGAUGACACAGAAGCGGUUUCGUGCGGUGGCCAUGCUGGUUGUGUUUACCGUGUCUGCUGUAGUACACGAGUAUGUUCUGGCCAUCUGCUUCGGCUUCUUCUACCCCGUCAUGUUCUGCCUCUUCAUGUGCUUUGGAAUGGUGUUUAACUUCGUCCUUCAUGACCGGAGGAAAGGACCGAUCUGGAACGUGAUUAUGUGGACGUCUCUGUUCUUGGGACAGGGGGUAAUGAUCUGCCUGUAUUCUCAAGAGUGGUACGCACAACGCUACUGUCCCAUUGAGGAGCCUUCCUUGAUUGACCUGCUGAAGCCUCGAUCCUGGACUUGUUAUCCACAGACUAACGCUGCUUUUGACUCUCACUGAAUGGGAUUAACACAGAAGAACAUUCUUUAGGUAUUGCACUAUGAGUGAAAAAUGAAAAUCACGAAGACAAUGUUUUAUGAUGGGGCCUUAGAUAUGUUAUUUGUUGAGAUAUUAUUUAUUAUGACAGCCGUAACAGAAUGUGGAACGUCUAUAAUGUUUCAAUAGUUUAGUCUAGUUAGCAUUUGACAAUCUAUUUUAGGUUCAAUCUGAUCUGGCUUAAAGAGAUUCUAUUUUUAGACGCCUUUGUGAUGUCAUGAAGUUGAGAUCAGAUUUAGUUUACUGCCGUUUUAUUUAGAUUUUUAGUAUUUGAUACUGUUGUGUUAUUCCAUGGACUUAAAGAGUGAAUAUGUGGUAUAUUUUGGCUGUUUUUUUCUGCCUGGACCACAAAAAAAAUCUAAAAUGUUUACAAAUGGGGUUUUGAAAUCUAAAACCCCAAAGGAAACGAUGUGCCAUACUGCUGUGAAACAUUCCUUCAUUCAUUUUUUUUUCGGCAUAGUCCCUUUAUUCAACUGGGGUUUCUGGUUUCUGGAAGCUGAUUCCAGCAGCGGAGGGCGUAUUAGCUGAAAGCCCAUUCACCCUGCUUUGACUGAACUCUUGGAGCUUAUAAUUUAUUUGAUCCUAAAAUCUGAGCGAGCAUAUCUGUAAUGUAUUGAGGUCCUAGGCCAUUUAGUAAUUUAUAGACAACUAAUAAUACUUUAAAAUCUAUUCUGAAUGUAACUGGGAGCCCGUGUAAAGACCUGAGGACAGGUGUGAUCUGCUGUGAUUUCCUGGUUUUGGUCAGAAUCCUGGCAGCAGCGUUCUGGAUGAGCUGCAACUGUCUGAAUGUCUUUUUGGGAAGGCCUGUGAGGAGUCCAUUACAGUAAUCCACCCUGGUGCUGAUAAAAGCAUGAUCAAGUUUCUCUAAGUCCUCACUGGGAACAAAGCAUCUGAUUCUUGCAAUGUCUUUGAGAUGAUAGUAUGCUGAUUUACUGACUGCUUUGACAUGCUUUAACUCAUGACUUUGACAUGACUACACUGGGAAACAUCCAUACACACUCAGUCACACAUACACUAAGUACAAUUUAGGUUAUUCAAUUCACCUAUAGCGCAUGUCUUUGAACUGUGGGGGAAACCAGAGCACCCAGAGGAA